AAUCUUCGUAAAAUAUACGUGAAAGGUAAGUAAAAUCAAAAGUAAAAAAAUUAUUUUCCAUUGACAUACGCUUCUAAUUUACUUAUAUACCUAACCUCAAAAGCAAUUGCAGGAUCUUAAAAAAAAUGUAUUUUCAUGAACUGGAUGAUGAAAUAGAGAUGCAGGAAAUUGAAGAUUUAGGAUUAAAUCGCCAGAGAUAUAUGGUUAGGGAGAGACAAGAUAAUUUCCAUGGAUGGAAUGAGGAACAAUUUUUCAAUCGCUUUAGAGUGACAAAAAAUACUGCACUUCACCUUAAUGGUCUCAUUGAAGACAAUAUAAGACAUCGCACAGAUAGAAAUCAUGCUGUAUCACCUUUACAACAGUUACUAGUUGCUCUUAGGUUUUAUGCUUGUGGUAGUUUUCAAAUAGUAGCUGGAGAUUUUGGAGGUUUACAUCGAACCACUUCUGGACAAAUUAUAAGAAGAGUGUCAAGGGCUAUUGCGGAAUUAAGCCCAGUGUACACUAAAAUGCCAGAUACCGUUGAGGAAAUGGCAAUAAUCAAGCAAGGUUUCUAUGCUAUCGCAAGGUUUCCUAGAGUUAUUGGUGCCAUUGAUUGCACACACAUAAGAAUCCAAAAUCCAGGUGGUGAACAUGCUGAGAAUUUCAGAAACAGAAAAGGUUUUUUUUCUAUCAACGUCCAAGCUGUACAAAUCCCGCAGAGCACUAUUUUAAUGAAUGCCAAAUCAGAACAAGGACAAUAA